UACUAUUCACGUAUACUAACAAUCAAGGCGGAGUUAGACUCGAAUGGGAGCAAUGGCUGCAGAUGAAGGAAAGUGGAAAAUUGAAAAAUUCGUUGGUGCAGAUUUUGGCUUUUGGAAAAUGCAGAUAGAGGAUUAUCUGUAUCAGAAAGGUCUUUUCCAACCUCUCUCCGGAAUAAAGCCGGAGGCUAUGAAGGAAGAAGAUUGGAAUCUUCUAGACAGACAAGCACUCGGGGUUAUUCGUUUAACCCUCUCCUGCAAUGUUGCCUUCAACAUAGCAAAAGAAAAGACCACGGCGGGUCUUAUGGCGGCUCUUUCCAAUAUGUAUGAAAAGCCAUCGGCCGCAAAUAAAGUUCACUUGAUGAGGCGGUUAUUCAAUCUGCGAAUGACGGAAAAUGCAUCGGUGGCCCAACAUCUCAAUGAACUCAAUACAGUGACAACCCAAUUGAGUUCAGUUGAAAUUGAAUUUGAUGAAGAGGUACGAGCAUUGAUAGUUUUGUCUUCCCUACCAGAAAGUUGGAAUGCUACUGUUACAGCUGUGAGUAGCUCGUCCGGAAGCAAGAAGUUAAAAUUUGAUGAUGUUCGUGACCUAUUUCUCAGUGAAGAGAUCCGACGGAGAGAGUCAAAUGAACCUUCAACUUCUUCAGUCUUGCAUACAGAAUGA